UGGUCUUAAUGAGGACCAGACUCAUUUUUCUAAAGGAACCGGUUAAGGUUUGAGUUAAGAUUAAGAAUUAGAUGUGGUUAGAUUAAAGGUUGGGAUUUAGACAUUAACUGGCGAUGGUUAAUGUUGGGAAAGGGCUCUGUUUGGGCUGAACAACUGAAUGGAAGCCAAUGUAAACCCAAGUGUGUGAUUUGAUUGCCUGCGCGCUCGUGUAAAACUGCAAAAUCUUGUGCGUCAAGACUUGGGCACAUCUGCUCUCUCUUUGGGAGAGAGAGAGAGAGAGAGGGAGAGGGAGCGAGGGAGAGAGGGAGAGAGAGCAUGCUCUGCGCCUGAACUCUUUUCUGCGGAGCUGUAAUUCGCAGCAGAUGACCACUUUGGGGGGAUGUACUCUUUCCUGGGGACUCUGGGAGGUGAGCCUCCCUCCUGACGCAGCACCAGAGCACCGCGACUUUAAUUUGCCUUCAUCGUGCUGUCCAGUGAUGGAGCCCUGACCUAAUCACCACUUCUCUCUUCACUCUUCAGACCAACAAGUGGAUUAUGGUCUGCAGGAGCGUGAGAGAGGACAGGGGCGACUGCACCUGAACAACCCAGAGCGGCAACACUUUGGAACACAGCCGCGCUGUGGGGAUGGAUACUUCACUGGCAGGCGUUUGCUUUCUCCUGCUCUCGCUCGAUGGAUUCCUCUGUUCCCCCGCGCCGGCGAGCGUUUGUCCGGACCCAUGCGACUGUCAGCAGCCGCAGCACCUCAUGUGCGCCAACCGCGGGCUGCGCGCGGUGCCCAAACCCGCCGCGCGAGCGCCCGAGGAGGUGCUGAUCUUCAGCCUCGCGGGGAACUUCAUCACCAACCUCACCGCCCUCGACUUCACACGGUACAGUGACCUCGUGAGGUUAAAUUUACAGUACAAUCAAAUACAAACUGUUCACCCCAAGGUUUUUGAGAAACUCUCCAAACUAGAGGAGUUGUAUUUGGGACACAAUCUUUUAUCAAGUGUCCCCGAAGGGACUCUACAGCCACUGAAGAAGUUGACUAUCCUCUAUGGAAAUAAUAAUGACAUUAGGAAAAUCACUCCAGAGCUUUUCGUCAACUUGGAAAAUCUUGUUAAAUUGCGCCUUGAUGGCAACUCAAUAGAAGUUUUGCAGGACUCGGUUUUUACAAGUUUGACCAGUCUGCAUUAUCUCCAUCUGGAAUCCAACCAACUCCAUCAUAUUCACAGAAAUGCUUUCUCCAAACUCUCCAACCUGCGUUUUCUCAACCUGGCCCACAACAAGCAGUCAGCCAUACGCAGUGUCCUCACUUUUUCCCAACUCAAAGCUCUGACAACAUUACUUCUGUCUGAAAAUGAAAUUCAAUACAUUGGAAACCACGUCUUCCAGAACCUGAAGAAGCUGUCCAAACUGUCGCUGAGCAACAACAGGAUCUCUCGUCUGGACAGCGGCGCUCUGAAGGGGCUGUCGAGUCUAAAAGAGCUUCUGAUUGAUGGCAACACGCUGCAGGAAAUCCCCGCCGGUCUUCUUGACCCUCUGGAGAGCAUCGAGGAGCUUGACUUCAGCCGCAACCAGAUUUCCACUCUGGACUCGAUGGCCUUUUCACGACUCAAAUGUCUCAGAGUGUUGAAGCUUAAGAAUAACUUCCUCACCAGUCUGUCUGGUGACAUUUUUGCCCUCAAUAACAUGCUUUAUGACCUGGAUCUCCAUGGCAACAACUGGACAUGCGACUGUCGCCUGGAGGAGCUGAAGAGAUGGAUGACUGCAGCACAUUCUCAAGGCAAAUUGUUGACUGUUUUUGUGCAAUGUCAUCACCCUGCUACUCUCAGAGGGAAGUAUCUGGACUAUGUGAACAGCUCCCAGCUGCAGCCGCUCGGAAACUGGACCCACUUGUGCAGGAGCCAAACCGGGCCUGAGGAGAGUCGUGGAGGGGAUGUCCUGGAAAAGGUGCAGGGAAUGACAGACGCAGCAGAGCAGGAGGAAAGAGGUGGAGAGGGCCAGGUAGAAGAGGAAAAAGGUGUUGGUUUAAGAGAGGAAAACAAGGAUGGGGUGAUGGUGAAGAAAGAGGCAGAGACGUGGAAAAGAGAGGGACAGGAAGAUGUGGGAAUCCAGGGAGAUCAGGGGGGUCCAGAGGUGACAGAACCAUCUUCCUCACUGGAAAGAAAGAAAGCAAAGGAGUCACUCAGUCCAAGGACACGACCUGCUGCAGAGGCUGCUGGGAAGCGUGGCAAAGGGAGACGGAGGUCAAACGUCAUUUCCAGAACGGACGCACCAGCCAUUUCCACACCAGGUGACAGAAACACCACAGAUGAAAGCACAGUGGUCACCACAACUUCUCAGGAGUCAGGAGAGAAGUUUGAUCUUCUCAGGUCAGACCAGAAGGAGACUCUGCCUCUAAUCACGGACCCGUGUGUGUUUAACCGCCAUUUUAUCACUAACGUCUCAGUGGAUCUCGUGACGUCCAGUACUGUCACCGUCUACUGGACCACAAGGGAUCAUCACCCCUACACAUCAGGACCUGGCCUGGGUCUGGUUGAAGUCCACUAUCGGAUUCUCUUUGACCGGUUUGGUGCUCCGGAUCGUUUCCCCCGUUACGUUUAUGCUCACGGCGCGGCUCGCUCUGUGAUCCUCCGAGAACUCAGCUCAGGUUUGACCUACAUCGUCUGCGUGGAAGGAGUCGUCGCGGGGUCCGUCUGCCAAGUGGCCCCGCGUGACCACUGUGCAGGACUGGUCACUCUGCCCGAGGCAGUCACUCGCGGAGGCACACUGACCUCUGACCUCCAGCUCGUCACAGUAGCAACACUGGCCGGGAACGCCGUGCUGCUGCUCGUCAUCGGCGGAGUCUGGCUGGCGCGGCUCGUGAAGAAGAAGCUGCAGAGGAGGAAGUCGGCCGUGCAUGUGCGCCACAUGUACUCCACCAGGCGGCCAUUCCGGCCCACCAUGGCCACUGCGUCCGUGUCCACUGACUUCACCAGCUACCAGAGCAGUCGCCCAGCACGACUCGCACCACUGGAGGAGGGGGAUCUCAUCGAGUUCCCCUGUGACCGCUUUCUGGACAACAGCACUGCUCGCAGAGACAGUGACAUGCAAAGAUUCGCUGACUAAAAACUGAAAAAGUGUAAAACUAAACAGUGACCUGCUCUGUGCUUACGCUACAUACUCUGUGGAUUUGAACAAACCAAUUCAACAAUCUUACCUUGGCACUUGUGGUUGUUUUUUUAUGCGAACCAUAACUUGUCCAUGGUGACCACAGAGCAGCUCAGGUCAUCAGGGCCUCUUCAGACAUCAGAGGAAGUCCAAUCCCUCUUACUUCCUCUUCCUGCUUUUGCUUCUUUCAUUUCCUUGCACCUGUGAGCGUCUCUGUACGUGUGAUUGGUUUUGAGCGCAAGUGUGUGUGCAUGAGUCAUGGACCACUGAUUUCAACUAUGGUGCUAAUACUGAGUUAACAGACAUUAUAUUGUCUUGAAAUUGUACAGUAUGUAAUGAUGGCUGCUGGUUGGCAGGGGGAAAAAAAUCACCUUUUUUUGUGUGUCCCAUCUAUCGUGUUUUAUACUAUUAUAUGGAACUUUGUAUUAUUUUUGCAUUACAUGAAGAAGUAAAAUCCCCAACAAUGUGAUGGAUCUGUCAUUUGAGUGUUUGUGGAUGAGUUACUGUGGCUUUCAAGUGAUCCUUUCUUCAUAGUUGUUGUUCAUUUGCAGUUCAGCCAGGCUGGUGAACCAUUCUUCCUGUCUUUUAUUUAAAAAGAUGGAAUAUUUUAUGAGAAAUCCUGCAUAUGGUAUCAAAUAGCUUGGGGGAGAAAACCUAAAAACAUGUGUGAGGGAUAUAAAUAAUAGCUGUAGCAUGUUA